AGCCUCAAGAAGACAAGAAGAUAGAGGCGUUUCUUAACGGAGUGAAUUUUUGUAAUGAAAUCCGCUAAGCCGUCAUUGCUCAAAUCGUUUAAGACGAAGAAGGUGCUGCAUUCCCGUUCGAAGCCAAAUCCUUCGCCUGCAAAGCUGCCGGAAGAGUAUGAGCUUUUGGGUGAAUUCUUCAAUAGCUUGGCUAAUUCUAUCCGGCUGCUACGAAGGAAGGGAUCGAACACAACAUUUACAAACAUUAGUCCCAAAAUUGAGUUUUUAACUGACAGGAGGUUUUCUCAUGGUCAUCUAGCUCAGUUGAAGUUUAUUCUACCUGAAGCCAUUGAGGUAACGAAGAUCAUCGUGCAUGAUGAGCGCACGAGCUUUAUGAAGCCUGAUCUUCACAUUACGCUAAAUGCCAGCGCGGUUGGGGACAAUGGAAGUGGGAUUUUGGAGUUGGGGAAAGUGUUCCGGGCUCGACUUUUGGAUUUCUUCAAAUCCCAUCCAGAGGGAGAUGACAUUCCAGAGGAGGAAUUACCAUAUCCCUUCAAUCAAUCAAAGCCACCAGUGCCUUCUGGUUCAUCCUUUAUACCGUGCGGUGAGGCCAGAAAUGAAGCUGUGUAUGAGAUUGAUGGCGUCGUCGUCAACCUGUCUAAGCCCCCGGUCUCAACGUCCCACCUCUUUCGUUCUUUUGGACGGAGCUUCUCCCAGCGCAGCACGCUUUGCAGGGUGGAGGACACCAAACAAGAACAAACACUUGCUGUCAAUCUUUCCCCCGAGAGGAAACCUUGCACUGAUUCGAGUGCUGGAUGCUCGCCUAAUGCUGUUGCUGUGAAGAAGGAUUUGCAUCUCUCUAAAGUCGAGGAAGGUUCAUUCUUGACUGCUGAAGGAACACCAUCUGAACUCGCAUCCACCCCACCUCCCAAGAGAUGUUAUAUGACUCGAGAAGACGAUAAAGAUUCAGCUAAAUCUCCACCAAACAAACUAGUUAGGCGCUCUGCCCGGGGCAGGCUGAUCUUUGACACUCCAGUGAAGAAUGCAGGAGGUAGUGAGACUGAAAGACUUUCAUCAGCUCAUGAUCAUAUAUAUGAUCUCCCCGAGGAUCUCCUGCAAUCAAUAAGAGAAAAGGAAAGGAAAGCGCUCGAGGAAAAAGAUCCCGCCAUCUCACAAGCAAAGUGGAGGAAACAAAUGCUUGCAGGACUACCAAAACUGUUUGACAUGAUUUAUUUCCUGUUUCAAUCAAUCAGACGCUCUGUCAUCCCCAAGGAGGAACUUAUGCACAGGAUCAUUUCAAGCCCCCUAAGAACUGUUGAUACAAGAGAAAUCGAAGAGCAACUCAGAUUACUGCAUGAACUAGCCCCAGAAUGGAUCUAUGAAAAGUCAGCAUCAAGAGGCGAUCUCUUCAUUUGUGUUAACAAGAUCCCGGGCCCUGAAUCAAUACGCUCCAGACUUGCAGAUGCAAAGUGA